AUGAAUAAAGAGUCUCAAGGAGUUUUCUUCUACCAAAUGUUCCCAAAUGGGGACCGUCAAUAUAGAGGAAUUAUCCAGUUACUGCUGCAUUUCCAGUGGACAUGGAUUGGAGUGGUUUCUCAAGUUAGGGAAAAUACAGAAGGUUUUAUAGAGAAUGUACUUCCAGUGUUUUCCCAGAGUGGCAUCUGCUUUGACUUCAUAGAAACAUUCCCAAAGCUAACAUCUUCCAGUGGAAUCACUGACAUGGUGGGGGAGGGCUUUCACGCUAUCAGUGUUAUUAUGGGGAGCACUACGAAUGUUGUGGUUGUACAUGGAGAAAUUCAUUCCAUGAUGGCAUUGAAAAUGGUGCCCCAGGUUUUAAACUUUGAGCAUAUACCAAUGAGGACCAAGAGUAAAAUCUGGUUCCUGACAGCCCAGAUGGAUAUCACAUCAUUUCCAUUUCAAAGAUAUUGGGACAUAAGUUUCCUUCAUGGUUCUCUUUCCCUUGCCAUUCACUCAGUGGAUCUGUUAGCUUUCCAGAAGUUCCUUCAGAUCAAGAACCCAAGCACAGAAAAAGAAGAUGGUUUUAUCAAGGACUUCUGGGAAGAGUCAUUUAACUGUUCAUUCCCCAGUUCAGUGGCAGAUAAUAUAGGUGGGCAAAUUUGCACAGGGGAGGAGAAGAUGGAGACACUCCCCGUGUCUGUUUUUGAAAUGAGAAUGACUGCCCAUAGCUACACCAUCUACAAUGCAGUCUAUGCGGUGGCACAUGCUUUGCACAUCAGACAUUCAUCCCAAUUCAAGCACAGAGGAAUGGCAGAGGGUUUAAGAUGGGAGCUUCCAAAUCCACAACCAUGGCAGGUAAUGUCUUGGUCAGAUGAAAGCUGAAGGUACCUACGUAUCUUUUGGUGCAAAAAUGAUGGUCGAGCUUUAUCAGCCUUCCAUGAAAUUAACAAGAAAGUUAAUCUCAUAGAAUAACUUUACCAUACUUCAAGCCUUUUAUUUUGCCUCCACAGCAGAGAUUAACAGAACUCUCAGUUUGUAAAAUAAUUUCUUUCCAUCCCUUCACAAUCAAGGUAGCAGGUGCAGCGUUUUUAAAGGAAAACAAAAUAAAUGACCAAGUUGGGGCUAGGGUAUCAAAGAUUUCUUCAGAGUGUCUCACAUUGCAUAGAAUGCUGCUUUAUACCAUGUAGAGAACACUGGCAGCAACUCCCCAGUGUUUCAGGCAAAAGCCUUUCCCAGCCCUACAUGGAGCUGUUGGGGAUUGAACCUGGAACCUUCUGCAUUUAAAGCAUGAGUCACCAUUGAGCCAAAGCCCUUCCCCAGGUGCCUUACUGGAGAAGCAGAAGAGGAUAUCACUGCCACUUUCCUUGCAGUUUUGAAAAUAUCAGAAGCAGCAACAGGGCUGCCAACCAUAUUGUUGGCAGUCGUGAUAUCUCACUCCGCAGUAGAUACAUCCAUACCACAGACUUAAACCAUGGGGAUUGUGGUCUUUUAAAGAUAGUAGAGGUCUCUUGAUGGAAAAGUCUUAACCUCUCUUGAUAAGCCUACAAUGUGGAAAGUUCUUUAGUGUAACACAAAACAGUGAAAGUUAAAGUAGUGGUGCAGAUGUGGCCAAUAUUCCAUGGUGUGGGAUUUUAAGUGACCUUUAGCUGUUUCUAACAGUAGCUUGCACAAAGAUUUCAUGGGAUCAUAAUCCUGAGCCUUGGAUGUAUUUUCACCGUGUUGUAUGAUAACAUAAUAAGAGCAUUUAUAUAAACCUUUCUUAUUUUUAUUAUUUAGCUCCAUCACAUUCUCAGAAGUAUUUCGUUUAACAACAGUGCAGGAGAAAAGGUGCGUUUUGACGCAAAUGGUGAAUUAAUUGCUGGCUUUGACAUUAUAAACUGGCUCAUGUUUCCAAAUCAGACCUUUCUUAGAGUCAAAAUUGGGAAGAUAGACUCUCUGGGUACCCAGGAAAAAUUGUUCACCAUUCAUGAGGAUGCCAUUGUAUGGCCCAACCAAUUUAACCAGACCCGGCCCAUUUCUAUAUGCAAUGAUCAUUGCAGUUCAGGUUACAGUCGAACCAAGAAGGAAGGGAAGCCAUUUUGUUGCUAUGAUUGCUUUACAUGUCCAGAAGGAAAGAUUUCCAACCAGGAAGCUCCAUCACUUUCUGAGAAGCAUCUCAUUUAACAAUACAGCAGGAGAUGUGGUCUUCAUCAACCAGAAUGGAGAGGCAGCAUCUAGCUUGGAUAUUGUCAAUUGGAUUAUAUUCUCCAACCAAAGUUUGCACCGAGUGAGAGUUGGGAGGAUAGAUCCACAGGCUCCUUCAGACCAAUCAUUAUUCCUUGAUGAAGAUGCCAUCACAUGGCACAGUUGGUUUAACCAGAUUCAGCCUCUUUCUGUCUGUACUGAGAGUUGUCUUCCAGGAUCCAGCAAGAAAGUGAAGGAGGGAAAGCCCCCUUGCUGCUACAAUUGCAUCCCAUGUCCAGAGGGGAAGAUUGCAAACCAGGAUGAUAUGAAUGACUGUAAUAAAUGCCCCGACAAAGACUAUCCAAGCAAGAACCGGGAUGCAUGUCUACCCAAGGAUAUAAGCUUCUUGUCUUACGAAGAACCUUUGGGCAUCAGUUUAGCCUGCUGCUCUCUUUCCCUUUCCUUGAUCACAGCUCUGGUACUAGGUACAUUUAUAAAACACCAUGACACACCCAUUGUCAUUGCAAACAACCGAAACCUCACCUACACUCUCCUCAUCUCUCUCCUGCUCUGUUUCCUGUGUGCAUUGCUCUUCAUUGGCCGACCUGAGAAGGUGACCUGCCUCCUCCGACAAACAGCUUUUGGCAUCAUCUUCUCAACUGCUGUUUCUUGUGUCCUGGCAAAAACCUUCACGGUGGUUUUGGCCUUCAUGGCUACAAAACCAGAGUCCAGGAUGAGGAAAUGGGUGGGGAAAGGACUAGGCCACUCCAUUCUCCUUUCCUGCUCCAUUGUUCAAGCAGGAAUAUGUACUGUGUGGCUGGCAACCUCUCCCCCCUACCCAGAUGUGGACAUGCACUCAAUGACAGAAGAAAUUAUACUAGAAUGUAAUGAAGGGUCUGUGACCAUGUUUUACUGUGUUCUCAUCUACAUGAGUUGCCUGGCAACUGUCAGUUUUGCUGUGGCUUUCCUUGCCAGGAAGUUACCGGACAGUUUCAAUGAAGCCAAGUUUAUCACUUUCAGCAUGUUGGUCUUCUGCAGUGUUUGGCUGUCCUUUAUUCCCUCCUACCUGAGCACCAAGGGGAAAUAUAUGGUGGCAGUGGAGGUCUUCUCUAUCUUAGCCUCCGGUAUUGGGCUUCUGGUUUGCAUCUUUUCCCCAAAAUGUUAUAUAAUCAUUCUGAGACCUGAGCUGAACAAUAGGGAACAGCUAAUAAGGAAGAAAAAUUAAAGAAAUAAUAACUGUC